CCGGCGCUCGGAGGAAAUGAAGGCGAGUUCCGCCGAGGCGGGAGCCAUUACCCGCCGCCGGACCUGAGCCCCCCCCUCCCGCCGCCGCCGGGGCCCCGCUCCGCGCCCCCCGCGCCCCGCACGCCCGUCCCGGCACAGCCUCGCAGGCGAUGCCAGCGUCUGGCCGGAAGAGGAAGGCCAACUUCUCCAAUGACGAGACCGAGACGCUGGUCUGGAAUGUGGUCCGGCAUUUCAGCGCCCUGUACGGGUCCGAGGCCCUGCGGGCUCACCCCGUGCGGCGGAAGCAGCUCUGGACCCAAAUCCAAAGCCGCGUCAACUUCCUGGGCUACACCGAGCGCUCCAUUGACGACCUCAAGCACAAGUGGCGYGACCUGCGGCUGGACGUCAAGAAGAAGAUCACCUCCAAGAAGCACCUGCCCAUGAACCGCGCCGGGGGGCCGCUCCACAAGCCACGCCUCACACCCCUGGAGAAGAUGGUGGCUUCCACCUUCCUGCAGGCCAGCCACGACUCGGAGCCCGAGAUCAUCCUGGACCCAGGUCAGUGGUGGCGGUUCUCCAGGCAGAGGAUGCUUGGAGCAUUGGCGUUCCCGCUGUGCUCCCCGAAGGACAUCCGGCCACGCUGGCAUUCUGAGCUGGCCACUGUGGAUUGUGGAAAGAGACUCUGGGAUUUGUGUUGGGAAUAGAGCACCCAGCAAAGCCAUGGUCACGUUGUACCCAAGUGCCAAUUACCAGGGUAGGGAACGGUGYGGGCUGGGAUCAGAAAUCCUCUGUGGAAAUAACCUGGGCUCAGUGAAUCACAGAAAUGCCAGAAUGGUUUGAGUUGGAAGGGACCUGUAUAUUCUAUUCCACCCAGUGCCAUGGGCAGGGAYAUCUYCCACUGCUCCAGGGUGCUCCAAGCCUCGUCCAGCCUGGGCUUGGACACUUCCACAGGGGCAGCCACAGCUUCUCUGGGCAUCCUGUGCCAGAUSAACGGGAUCAGCARCAACACYUCAAACUU